UCUCGCUCUCUCUCAUUAUCUUUUGUCCAAUCACUUCCACAAUGAUUAAAUCGAUCAUCUUUGUUCUGGUUUUCAUUUUGUUUAGCUUUUGGAUUCAAUCUCAAGCUGAAACUAAAAGAAGUAGCUUCAGCGUUGAUCUUACUCAUCGUGAUUCGAUUCUGUCCCCGUUCUAUAAUCACUCUCUUACUCCUUUAGAAGUUUUGAGAAAUGCGGUUUUACGUUCACAUACCCGAAUCAAUCUCUUCCAAUACUCAUCUUUGGAUUUAAAUGAGGAAGAGAUUGAAUCUGUGGUUAUUCCAAAUGGAGGUGACUAUCUCAUGAAAAUCUAUGUUGGUUCCCCACCCGUUGAAGUCCUUGCUAUUGCAGACACUGGAAGUGACCUCAUUUGGAUUCAAUGCACUCCUUGCGACCAAUGCUACAAACAAGAUGCUCCUCUAUUCAAUCCUAGUAAGUCCUCUACCUACAAGGAGCUUUCUUGUGCCACAAAAUUGUGCCAGGCUCUACCAAAAUCGAUGUGUGGGAGCACACAAGAGUGCAAAUACUCAUAUUCUUAUGGUGAUAGAUCAUAUACAAUUGGGAUCUUGAGUAGUGAAACCAUAGGCUUAGAUUCCAGCAAUGGUGAACAAGUUUCUUUCCCUGCAUCGGCAUUCGGAUGUGGACAUCGAAACAAUGGUACGUUCACACGUCACGUUGCAGGUCUCGUUGGCCUUGGCGGGGGACCAUUAUCGUUGGUUUCUCAAUUAGCAGACCAAAUAGAAAAUAAAUUCUCAUACUGUUUGCUUCCAAUGUCAUCAAGCACUAACAGUAAGCUUAGAUUUGGACAAGCUGCAAUCCUCUCAAGAUCGGAAGUAGUUUCAACUCCAAUUAUAUCCAAAUCUCCUCCUACUUUCUACUUUCUUACUCUUGAAGGUAUUAGCAUUGGAGGCAAGAUAGCAAAGGCUCCUCAAAGUCAAGGGAAUAUCGUAAUUGAUUCUGGAACAACCUUGACAUUGUUGCAAUCAAACCUAUACAAUCAAUUGGAAGCUAUUGUCAAAGAGGCUAUUGGUGUGAACCCAGUGGCAGACCCAUCUGGAACCUUGGACUUGUGCUUUCAAGCGGAGUCGGUCAGAAGCAAGUUGCCAGAAAUGGUAUUCCAUUUCACCGGUGCAGAUAUUCAUUUGCCACCUUUGAACACAUUUGCGAAAUUUGAUAAUUUGGUUUGCAUGCUGAUAGCUCCUAGUGAAGAGUUUUCCAUCUUUGGGAACUUGGCUCAGGUGAACUUUCAAGUGGAAUACGACCUCCAGCAAAAGAAAGUCUCUUUUGCUCCGACCGACUGCACCGCAGUUUGAUUAUCUUACAAUUUCGUCUAUUGUUAAAUUUGAAAAACGAUAUUGUAUGUCUCUUGAUCAAGCUUAAGUCUAUGCAUGAAAACUAUUAAUAUAUUACCAAAUUAAAUAUUA